CUCACUUGUGGCUUGGCGUGUUCGGCGUGGCCUCUUGGCCUGGGCAGUUUAUGUUUUCCCUCUCCCUCUCUCCCCAUCUAGCUCGCAUCUCUCUGUCUGGCGCUAGGUCUCGGCCGCUCGCCUUGGGUCGGUGUGGAAGCGUGGUAGCUUCUACCGACUUCAAGUUAGCUGAGCGUGCUAGGAAAGCUGUGUAGCUUGUACAAUGCUGUUAGUUGUGCCCAAAGUGACUUGAGCACCGCGUCGCUAGCAAGCAUGGGGAACACAGCAAGCAAGGCUAAGCCCUCCAAAGUCAACCGGGAGUCAGCAAACUCUAGAAAGCUGGAGCGCAGAAUUUGCUGUAUGGAACAGUCGUCCUCCGUCGACGGCUUAUCAUCUCUAGAGCGUCCGUUAGGAGUCCAGGAAGCUCUGUUCGACCGCCGUCUCAUGGACGCAGCUAAGCGAGCAGACCUGGAGCAGCUAUCAUGGACUAAGUUUUCCGGCAACAUUACCGUCGACCCGAAAGCCCCAUGUACUUUCCAUCGUUACCCAGUGGCGCAGCGCACCGACUUAGCACGCGCUGGCUUGCCAAUGGAGCAUGGCCUUCAUCUGUGGAAAUUCAACUGGCCCAUCAAACAGCGUGGAACCCAUGCGGUGAUAGGUGUUUGCACGGAGGCCACUCCGCUCUUUGCCCGCGGCUACACACACUUACUCGGCUCAACCAAGAACAGCUGGGGAUGGGACCUGUCAAAACGUGGCCUGUACCAUGGCGGGAAGAGAUCACGCUACGAGUACCCCAACCAGACGCAGCGUCCUCUCGAGCAGAUACCCACGGUGGUGGUCAUGAUCGUCGACAUGGACAAGGGAACGGUGGCGUUUGAGGUGGACAGCCGCUACCAGGGAAUCGCUUUCACUGGGCUCAAAGGCCAGACGGUCUACGCAGCGGCGUCUGCCGUUUGGGGCAACUGUCAAGUUGAAAUGAAGUAUCUUGGCAGCACUUAUCCAGGUGAAGUGAAGCCGCUGAUGACGUUGGCAAGAAACUCUAUCCGCAAGGCCAUGGGUGCACGGCGGAUUGCCGACGGCUGUGUUGAAGAACUCGUCCUACCGGACAUUGUCAAGGUCUACAUCAACUGCAAGCUGCCACAGCAGUACGCUGUCAUGGAGGAGGGUCAGCGAUUCGACGUGGACAACAACGUCCAGCAACACGCCGCCGCUGUGGCGGCUUUCAAGAGAGAGUACGGUGAGCCAAUGGAAGAAGUGUCAAGUCCCGCUGACCAGGUGCCUGAGACACGUGCUACCUGGGGAAGUGCACCUGAACUGGCCAUGCGCUCCGGGAUGUACUUGAAUAUGGAAGUAGUGCCUCCAGUGCAUGACCCGCUCUUUCCGGCGCCGUCGAGCACGAGCGUCGACUCGUACGUUUCCCAUCGAGACACCGGUCACGGUUCCAUCAGGGUUGGCAGCUCCACGGCCACAAUGGUUGGCAAGGCGAAUGGUUUCGACUCGGUUGAAACCGCUGUCAGAAGUCGGACAAAAUCCGAGUCUAAUGGACGGAGAGAUCCAGGUCGGUCGAGGAAUUUGAUCUCCUCAGUGAAAUCGGAGCCGAUACGGCGUGGCCUCCCUGAAAUUCCUCUCCAUUUUGACAGUGUUGGGGUUGCAGUGUCCCCGGUGGAGCUGGAGGCCAGACGCAUUGGCGACGUGAAUGAUUUCGAUAUGGUCCAAACUACUUUUGCCAUUCAGGCAAGAUCAGAGUCGACGCCACCCAAUGGAGGGAGAGAUCCAGUUCAGUCGAUGAAUUUCAUCUCCUCGACGAAAUCAGAGCCGACCCAGAGUGUCCUCCCUGAAAUUCCUCUCCAUUUCGAGAGUGGCCCAUCUCAAUACGGCCGCCUAAUGAGUGAUGAUGGAGGCAACUUCUACCCACAUGACCACCAGAGCACUGUGGAUCACUUCCUCACAGCGGCAUAGCGUGGUGCUCACCCGAAUCUUAGGCUGGCCUGAAGGUCGGGGAGUGCUUCGUGUAGUAGUCCACAGUACGCCUAGCCUAGCGUACGCGCGAGUGCGGAGAAUAUUUUGUUGUCUGUCAGUGUUCUGGUGUGUGAGUGUACGUGUGUGUGUGUGUGUGUGUGUGUGUGUGUGUGUGUGUGUGUGUGUGUGUGUGUGUGUGCAUGCGUGCGUGUGUGGUCGUGUGGCAAGACGUCAAGCUGGUUUGUGCUGUCUUUGGUGAGUCUGUUUGUCCUUGUCGACUUGUUUGCUGUGCACGUUCUGUUGAGACCCUCAAAGACAAUCUCUCUCGUUGGUGGCUUUGUUCCUACCUGCUUCUAGUUUUCUGCAUUUCUGAAUGCCUUGAGACUCGUUUCCCCUGUUGCCUAUCAGAAAUGAGCAUUGCAAAAUUGUCUACCUCAACUUUUGGUGAGUUUAGUUACCAAACACUGCACACGUGAUGCUGAUGACAAGGAACAUGCAGCCAACCUUGCUCUUUCCUACUCGCUGCUACCGUGGUGCGUGUUGGAGGUUUGAACGCGCUGUGAACUUUUUUUCCAAUUUCAGAUUUAUUGCAGCAAGAUCGUCUUAUUUUUGGAAGUAAGGCAAGACUACUAGUUCUACUUGUUACCCAUUGCAGCAGCAGCAGCUGAAGCUGGCUCUAUACGCAUCUAUUCGCUAGCCUCUACUUUCGCCUAGCUUCCUUUACGCACGCGCUCCACAUGUUUUCCCUGCACUGGUUUGUUGUUUUAAGCAAAGCAUAUCUGUUAGAGUUUGUCUCUCUCGUUUUGCUCACCAUUUCUGCGCUUGCUUUGCCCUCUCGGCAGCUCGCUUGGCUAAGCCAGUCGACUGCGGCAGGGACCUCACUUUCUGCUGUUGUCUCCUAGGUCCAUGCAGGUCUAUUCCUAAUUACUUUGUCUCCUUAGGUCCAUUCCUAAUUUCUCCUUUCUCCGUUCUAUGAGUGUUACAUUCAGUAGUGGCAAAUGAACCCAGGCAAUCAGCCGACGUCAGCAAUGCUCCAUUGGGAUGCUGCAGUCGAAUCUGUGUGGCAAUUGGCCACUGGCCGUAGGUGCUUUCCUGCCAAAUUCGUAGAUGAUGAAAUCGCCAGCUGCACAGCCACAUCUGCCGCCUAUUGCACAGCUGUUUUUCUUUUGCUUGCUGCCGGUAUCAAACUAGUUCACGCAACAGCGUUUACUUGUUCAGUUCGACUAGUCACAUGACCAUUAUGUGUUGUCAGGACAUGAAUUUUACAACUCUUUAUCUCAAAAAAUCGUACCACAUACAACUCA